UACUCACAGCAUUGGAGGGAGGGAGGGAGCGAGCCAGAGUCCCCGCGUCUGCCGCUCCCUGGCCUGCCCUUCGCCCUCCGCCGCGCGCGCCCAUUGGCCACCGCAGUCUCUCCACGUGGGACGGAGGCGCGCGCUUCAUUGGACCCCGCGUGAGGGGCGGGCCUAGAAUGCGCGGGUCGCCGGCCGUGGAGGGUCAAGUCGUGGCUUCUGAGGGCUGAGGAAGGGCAGCGGGCGCAGGCGAUGGUGCCAGCGCUGCGUUACUUGGUUGGUGCCCGCGGACGGGCCCGCGGGGCUUUAUUCGGGAGCUUCCCCUGGGCUUGCGGGCCGGCGUCGGGGAGGCCCCGACCGCUGUGUGGGGGUGGCCGCAGCGCCAGCACCAGCUCAUUUGAUAUAGUCAUUGUUGGUGGCGGAAUUGUGGGGCUUGCCUCUGCCAGAGCACUCAUCCUGCGACAUCCAUCACUUUCUAUUGGUGUUCUGGAAAAGGAGAAAGAUUUAGCUGUUCACCAGACUGGACAUAACAGUGGUGUCAUACAUAGUGGAAUUUAUUAUAAACCUGAAUCUCUGAAAGCCAAAUUAUGUGUACAAGGUGCAGCCCUCCUCUAUGAAUACUGCCAGCAAAAGGGAAUUUCCUACAAGCAAUGUGGCAAGCUUAUAGUAGCUGUUGAACAAGAAGAAAUUCCGAGACUUAAGGCUCUAUAUGAGAGAGGCCUGCAGAAUGGAGUCCAGGGCCUGCGGCUGAUCCAGCAGGAGGAUAUAAAAAAGAAGGAGCCAUAUUGUAGGGGUCUAAUGGCUAUUGAUUGUCCACAUACUGGCAUUGUGGACUAUCGGCAGGUGGCUUUAUCAUUUGCCCAAGAUUUCCAGAAAGCAGGUGGCUCUGUCUUGACAAAUUUUGAAGUAAAAGAUAUUGAAAUGGCUAAAGAAGGGCCUUCAGGAAGUAUAGAUGGAAUGAAAUAUCUGAUUGUUAUAAAGAAUACAAAGGGAGAAGAAAUUCGAUGUCAGUAUGUUGUGACUUGUGCAGGACUUUACUCAGACCGUAUUUCAGAGUUGAGUGGCUGCCCUUCUGAUCCUCGAAUUGUACCAUUCCGAGGAGAUUACCUGCUCUUGAAGCCUGAAAAAUGUUAUCUUGUAAAAGGAAAUAUUUAUCCGGGGUCCAGCUGGAGUAAGAGCUCAAGCCCUGGAUAGUGAUGGAAAUCUGGUAGAAGAUUUUAUAUUUGAUGGAGGAGUUGGGGAUAUUGGAAAUCGCAUUCUUCAUGUGAGAAAUGCACCCUCCCCUGCUGCUACUUCUUCCAUCGCAAUUUCUGGAAUUAUUGCAGAUGAAGUGCAAC